GAGCGCUAGUUAUUUGGGUUGGAGAAAAGGAGACGCCGCCUGUGCAUGGAGUUCGUAACUUCUUCCAAAACAUACCUGUCUGAUUCGUGAGCUGAGGGACCGGCGUCCGUCACCCCACGUAAAGGAAGUCCUCGGAGCUGAGAGAAAAUGGACGGCACGGUGAACGGAGAGAAGCCUCAUCCUACAAGCUGCAUCUUCGACCUGGACUACAGCUCCACAUCUGUACAGCUGCAGCUCUUCGGCCUCGGCUUCGGCUUCUACAGCCUCGUCUUCCUCCUGACUUACUUCCUGUCUGCCCUGCUGUCCCAGACCUACCGCUCUCUGUCCGCUAAAGAGAAGGUGUUCUGGUGUUUGGCGGCGACGCGGGCGAUCUUCGGCUUGCAGGGGUCGUGGGCGGGGUUACGGGCGCUGAUGGAGGACGGCCCAUUGUUCAGCGAUAAGGUGCUCGGACAGACGGGCUGGUCAUGGUUCACCUUGCUGACUGCGUGUGGGUUCUUCGCGUUCGAGAACGUCGCUCUGCACGGCUCCAAUCUGGUGUUCCGCUCCUUCGACGCUCCGCUCGCCGCCCAUCACGCCUUCGCCCUGGCCGGCUUCAGCGGGACCGCGCUGUACGCAGACAUGGGCCACUUCCUGGCCAUCAUCACGCUGCUGCUGGAGAUGAGCACGCCCUUCACCUGCAUCUCCUGGAUGCUGCUCAAGGCUGGUUGGUGUCGUACUCUGCUGUGGCGAGCGAAUCAGUGGUUGAUGAUCCACAUGUUCCACUGCCGCAUGGUGCUGAUGUACUACAUGUGGUGGGUGUGUUGGUGUCACUGGCCCGAACUGCUUGUGCACAUUCCUCUUCCUCAGCUCCUCAUCUUCCUCAUCGGCCUGGCGCUCCUCACGCUCAUCAUCAACCCCCUGUGGCUGCACAAGAAGACCAUGCAGCUCCUCAACCCCGUCGACUGGAACUUCAGCAGCAAGCCAGCACCCGAGAACGGCAAAGCCCACAGGAACUGAGCUCGGACGCCGGUAUUACUGAACCGUGUUCCCCAGCCUCAUAUUCAUCUUUAUAGGGUUUGGCGUUUGGCGAUGAUCCAUGGCUGGGAGUUACUAAGCGUGGGUACUUCCGAUUGCAGGAGCAGUCGAACAAAAACGGCUUGUUUUCUUUAUUGUACGAUAAGCUCGUUAUUUGUCUCCUUUUAUUCGUUGAUUUGGCCAACAAGGCGAAAAUGUCAAACAUGGACGCAAUUUAUUCCAAAUGUA